AUGCUGUUCAUUGAUUACAAUUCAGCUUUCAACACCACUGUUCCCUCCAAGCUGGUCAUCAAGCUCAGAGACCUCGGGCUCAAUAGCGCCCUCUUGUGUGGAGCUGAGUUGGCCCAGGGAGGCUUCUUCGUGCGUCAGGGGGAGUACAUCUGUACUCUGGACUACCAGCGAAUGUAUGGAACUCGCUGCUUCAGCUGCCAGGACUUCAUUGAGGGGGAGGUGGUGUCCGCGCUGGGGAAGACCUACCACCCCCGCUGCUUCGUCUGCGCCUCCUGCAAACAGCCAUUUCCCGCCGGCGACAGAGUGACAUUUAACGGGAAGGAGUGUAUCUGCCAGAAGUGUACCGAGCCCCUCCCUGCCAGCAGCCCAGCACCCAUCCAGGCCGUCCACAAUUGCUGCGGCUGUGGGAAGGAGUUUAAGAACGAACAGUCUCUGGUGGCACUGGACAAGCACUGGCACCUUGGCUGCUUCAAAUGCAAAGUGUGCAACAAGGUGCUCAAUGCUGAGUACAUCAGCAAGGAUGGAAUCCCCUUCUGUGAGAUGGACUACCACGCCAUGUUUGGCAUCCAGUGUGAGAGCUGCAAGAACUACAUCACCGGAAAAGUCCUGGAGGUACCAUCACAUAACUAA